GAAUGGUGAUAUGACUCGGAAAAAUUUUGGACAGGGUGAGAAAUGGAGAUUGAUGGGUAAAGGUGACAUAAGAGGGGUAAGAAAUGUGGGUUAUAGACAAUGAUAGAGAGAGAGUGAAAGAGAGAGGGGAGAGGUGGGAGGAGCCUUCGCAAAUGGCAUCGUGUGCCAAGGGACCUAUUAACCAGUUUACGCUUAUUAGUAAACUUAAUUUACGUUCGAGACUCUUACGUUCGGCUGCAUAUCAUAGAUUAUUACUACGCGGCCCCUCAAUCCAGCUAUGCGCUUACACAUGCAGGACACCUUAUUGGAACAUUCGAACGGAUAACUGAGAGCUGGGUUUUAUUAAAACUAUAUUUUGAUAUUCGUAAACCAUUUGACGCUAUUCUGGGGAAAAAAUAAGGACGCCUAUCAUCGUUUGGCUCUUACUUUGUUUUGAUCAUGAACGAUUAGAGACACCGUCAUUAUACUUUCACAGGUGAAUCCCGUCCGCGGGUGAACGCUUUUUUGCAAGAUGAUGAAAACCCUGACAUGAUCGACGGAAUUGGGCCGUUUUCAUCAAACUAGAAUCGAACUCGACCCUACUUGGCAAUUUGAAAUCGGCAGUGGCCCGAUAAAUGAUACAGGGGAACAUUGGAAACACGCAAUGAGGAGCAAACAUUCAAGGAAAAACUGCGCCACCUACCUGUUGGUGGCAACUGCGGUGGUCUGCAUUGUUGCCAAUAUGUUAUUUGUGGUACACCACUUGAACCACGAGGAUGAUUUUCACCUGUCGACGGUCGACAACAGGCGAGAUGUCGCCGGUCACCUCGAAUACGCUUCAGAUGAUGACAAGGGGUACGAGACAACGAAUGACAAACCAAAGUCAAAGCUUCGUAAUAACCAUUUACCUUUCCAAGGCGAGGUCAAUGUCGACGUCGAUCGUCGGAAGUUCGAUCUCCUUCGAGGUGAUGACGUGUUCGGAAUACCAAACGAGAAGGUAAUGGAUGGCUUGCGAAGGAAAAUGGCGGACGGAGCACAUGAGGCCCUAUCAGAUGAAAAGCAUCGAAAAUCAACUCUAGCUCCAACAUUUGAUAACAAACCGGCCGCUGAUGUGAGGAAACUUGGGGACGGAGGUGCAGGAGUGAAGCUCGCACUCUUCGGUGAAGGAAAGAAAGUCGAGGAGACGAGAUACAAGAAACAUUCAUUUAAUGAACUAGUCAGCAGUAAGAUUUCACUUCAUAGGACACUGAUGGAUGGCCGCUAUGAAGAGUGCAAGAACAUCACUUAUCCUCACGAUCUGCCAAUGACAUCCAUCAUUAUUUGCUUUCACAACGAGGCAUGGUCAACACUAUUGAGAACAGUUAAUAGCAUCAUUGACAGGAGCCCUCUUCGGUUGAUCAAGGAAAUUAUUCUUCUCGAUGAUGCAAGCACUAUGGAUCAUCUCAAAGAGCCGCUUGAGGAUUACAUAUCACAAAUCCAUUCAAUGAGGAUCAAAAUUUUGCGAUCGGAAAAACGACUCGGCCUCAUCAAGGCUCGCAUGCUGGGGGUCGAAACAUCAGAGGGCGAAACGUUUACAUUCCUAGAUUCCCAUGUUGAGGUUAAUAUCGGGUGGUUAGAGCCUCUCCUCGCCCGUCUCGCGUCUGACAGAACCAUCGCAGCCGUCCCCGUGGUCGAUGAGAUCAACAAAGACACCUUCAACUACAAGAUCGUACCAGAUCCUUUACAACGAGGAGGGUUCAACUGGAGAUUUGAAUACAGAUGGAAGACCGUACCUAACUACGAUGAAAGACCAUCAAAGGUGUCUCCUAUAAAAACGCCUACUAUGCCAGGGGGACUUCUCACAAUGGAUCGAGCAUUCUUCUUGAAGCUUGGGGGGUUCGAUCCAGGUAUGGAGGUAUGGGGAGGAGAGAAUCUCGAAGCAUCUCUGAAGAUAUGGAUGUGCGGUGGGUCGAUUGAGAUGAUACCUUGUUCACGAGUUGGUCACGUGUACAGAGAUACGUCGCCAUAUUCCUUCCUAGAUCAAAACCCGAUUGAUAUAGUAGAACAUAACUCGAUGAGAGUUGUAGAGGUAUGGACAGACGAUUACAAGAAACAUUUCUACGAUCGACAUCCCAUGCUCAUGAAUCGUGAUUUCGGAGAUGUCUCUGAGAGGAAAAAGCUCAGAAAGUCUCUGGGCUGUAAAGACUUUGACUGGUACUUGAAAAACGUUUAUCCUGAACUCUACAUCCCAUCUCCGUCAUAUGUUCUUCGUAGCACCGUACAGUUUCAAAAUGUUGGAACGAAAUUGUGCAUAGACUCUAACGACCAGAAUGGACAACCUUUCAAGAAUCUCAUCGGCUGGCAUUGUCAUAAACUCGGUGGUAACGAGUACUUCGAGGAAACUAAGACUGGUGAGAUUAGAAACGAUGAGUUGUGUUUAGAAGCUAACAGUGUCGGUACGCACGUCCUUCUCAACCCUUGUAGCCCAACGGGGGAUCCACCUGACUCACAAAAAUGGACUGUGAAGUCUAGUGGUCUUGUUUACAACGCCCUCAGCGACCGAUGUAUGUACAUGACUGGUACAGAGGCCGGAUCUCAAGUGCAAUUAAGGUUAUGUAACCCCAACGAACGGAGGCAAAUAUGGGAAAUAUCAUAACAAAAUAUUAUGUGUACAUGUGUGUAAUUAUGGUGCAUAUUUGAAAGAUCUCUAUUUUUCUGGUAAAUUAUCUUUCUCUAAAAUAUUAUUAUUGUCUGAAAUUAAGCGUGGAUGGAUAUUUUUACUUCAACUCUAACUGAAAUAACCCACAAAGUUGAAUUUCAGGACCGGAAUAUGUAUUUUUAGGGGUUUUUUUUCUUUUAAACGGUGACCUAUGUCAUUACCUACAUGUGUGGACUCCAGUUCAUAUUGUUAUAAUAACUAAACAUGGUUAAUGUCAAUUUUCUUAUUUGUUUGGGUAUGUGUGUGUGUUUUGUGGCAAUUAAAGUAUAAUUUUGAUACUCAGUAAUGAUAAUAACUUCAGCUUUCUGAAGGGAUGACGAAAGUAAUCUGGAAAUUGGAAAUGUGAAAUUGGCGUUAAAAGUACACUUAUUAGAUUGGGUGCGUCGUGGUCUAGUGGUUCUGACUCUCGCCUUUGAAACAAAGGGUCGUGGGUUCGACUC